CAGCGUGGCAGUAGUUUGAAGGAAGGGCAAAAUCAAGCCCUAACGUGAGCAGAAUUCAUACAAAGGCAGACGGGGGUAGAAAAUGUUGCAACGAAGAAUAUGGAAUGAGAUGAGAUCACAGCAUCAGUCUGUCCUUUGUGGACCUGGACAAUGAUCACAGAGCCAGAUGGGAUUAGUGAAACCUAUUUACCAGAAGUUCAGAGCAGUUGCAUGAAGCCGAAAGGCAGCCAGGAGAGAGAAGUGAAAAAUGCACCAGAUUUACAGCUGCAGUGAUGAAAAUCUAGAAGUCUUCACUGUGAUUUCUUCCAAAUCAUGUAGCCCAGUUAGAAGAAAAACCAAAAGUGCACAAUGCAUCCUAUCAAAAAAGGUGGUGACACUAUCUGACUACCAUCCUUCAAGGACAGAGGAGCUGCCGUCACAUCAAGUCUUCUGCAAAGAUGAAGGUGGGCAAGAUUUCAGCCAUCUGCCGAAGAGACAGCAAACAUCUUUCUCCAGUCCUACAAAGUGCACUACAACACACACUGGAAUAACUAAACAACGGUCAUUCUGCUGUAGCAAUAGUCAAUCAGAUACAAAGACUUCGCCUCAGGCAUCCCCAAUAACAAAUCACAUUGCAAAACGGAUCACAGCCACAGAACCAGCAACAAAGAAUGGCAUUUUUGCAGAACAGCAUGGAAAGCCCACUCGAAAAAAUACUGAAGACAACAUCAGUGCAGUUCAAGGCAGUGAGGCCUCUUUACCCUUGACAGGCGGCACUUUGUAUGGCACGCCCAGCCUCCUGAGAAAAAUAUGGAUGAAGCAUAAAAAGAAAUCAGAGUAUCUGGGGGCCACCAAUGGUGCCUUUGAAGCCGACUGACAAGCCUCAGCAUUGCUCUUUGACAAAGGACUAAAUGCUGUUAUGUUUAUCUGCUAACUAAUGCUGUGCCCACCACACUUUUCAAAGGAAAUAAUUAUUGCUGAAUUUACAGGGAAGAUAACAAAAAGGACUGCAAGCUAUGCAAACGACUUAGUUCAUGUUUUUCUUUUAUACAUAUUUCUGAUUGCUGAUUUGAAUGUGUAAGCAGACAUCAUCCCAAUAUUUUUGCUUCUCUUCUGAUUGACCUGGGUUAAUUAAAAGAAUGCUUAGAUAGUUACUGUAAUCCCACCAAAUCUCAGUUUGUGUGCCAUUUCAAGUAACCAAGCAAAAUGAUUGUGCAGGUCUACUCCUGAAAAUGAUAUAGCCAAGUCAGCAGUUUUCUCACUUACUUUCCAAGGAAAUCUUUCAAUUUGAGCUAAUUUGGCUGAGGAACCCUUGAGAAUUACAGAGGAUUCUUUGAUGUGCUCUAAUCCUGGUUCUCAAGCUUUGAGUCUUUCAUCCCUUAUGGAUUUCAGAUUCAGCCCCAUCUACACUUCUGUGUAAUGCAGUUUCAUAAUGGAGUUUAAACUCAUAUAAUGCAGUUGAAUGCAAUUAAACUGCAUUAUGAAACUGCAUUAAAUGGCAGUGUAGUUAGCUCCACUUCUGUUGAGAGAUUCUGGGAGCUGAUAUCUAAAAUACCCCAAAGACCAAAGUUUAAGAGACACUUUUUCAGAGUACAAAAUUUUAGUACAUCUGAGGCAGCAAUCAGAACUCAAUUGUUGAUUUGUAACUAGUUUGGUAGGAAUCAAAGAUACAGCCAAGUUGAUCUGGCUCAGUAAGAAAAGGGAUCUUGUAACAUGCAUCUAAUGAAGCAGACUGUGUCUACAAAACCUCAUUCUACCAACUUCUUUCUCUCAGUUAGUCCCAAAAGUGUUACAAGAUCCCUUUGCAUAGUAAUUGCACUGUAUACUUUGACACAGAAUCCCACAACCUGGUUCCUUGCAAAUACGUUGAACUGAGGCUCCCAUUACGAUGGUAUUCAGUCAUGCUUGCUGGGGAGGUACAUUUCAACACAUUUGAAAAGCACCAAGUGCAGAAAAACCCAGAGCAUGAGGCCACUAAUGCAAUUGUGAAUGGUAUCUCAGCCAUGAUAAUGUUUCUGCAAAGCACUUCUUCUUUACCACUCCCAUCUUCUUAUCAAUGAAACUGGAUUAUAUGACCAUAUAGACUCAAGUAAUCCAGUGAAGAGCAAAUAACCUGGAUUCAGAAACUGGAUUAUAUGGCAGCAUAAAUCCAGCCUGGUUUUAAACAAAGACAGUAAAAUCUCAUCAUGGAUGAAUUCAAGUGUUCUCAUGUCUGCUGAAACUCUCUGCUGCCAGAAAUCUUUAUUAAUAUUUGUGUUUAAGAACAUUAUGUCAAUGUCUAGUUAGUUGGCAAGCCUUGUGCAUUCAUACAUUCCUACCUUAGAUUUUUGGAUACAAUUAUAUAAUAGCUUUAAGCAGAAUAAAGGAGAGUGAGGAUAUGUGACUGCGUAUUCUACCUGACAAUUCUUGUAUUUUAAAACACUUCUAAUUUAUUUAAUUUAUAUGUCAGCUAUGACAGAAUUACAAAAAAGUGUUGAUUUAAUUUAUAUCCCUUAACAUUGCUGGAAGUCUUUAUGUGUAGCAAGUACUUGUUGGAUUAUUCCAAAUAAAGUGUGUCCUUUAUACACA